AUGGCGGUUACCCACGACGUGCGUGUCGUACUGCAGCCGUCUCUGGCUUGCCAGUGACCUCAUCAGUCAUAUUACGCGAGUCUAUGUUUGAGCACCAUGUACUUCCCCAGCUCUGCCGCGAGGCAGUUGUCCACAGCGCCAGCUCUUCCCGCUGCCAGUGAGCCAGUCAUCUGUCUGUCGCCGAGUCCCCGCAAGAGUCUCUUCUGUACCCUGACCAAGAGCGGCGUGUCUGUAUGGCGAGUCCGACCUUCCGCGGUGCUGGCCCACCUGGCACGCACGCCGACAUCAUUGGUUGAGCAUGGAGAGAAUGUGUCCAUGAGUUGGUCGCCGAAUGGCAGGAACAUUGUCAUUCAGACAGCGACCUCGUACCUCGUCAUUGUCACGGUUGAGUACGACCCCGAGGAGACACCCUACCAGCCACCGCAGCUUGCACCAAGUGCACAGCGCCAUUUCCUUCCGGGUCCAGGAGAGGCGCUGUCAUUCCAGUCCAUCAGACUUCAUCUCGAAGGUGUAGUGCGGCUGGAGGGAACACUACUGAGCGUAUUGCCUCGCAAUGGGUACAUCCUGUUCUCGACAAAGAGUCCGUCAACAGUGCAGCGCAUCCCAUGGCCUGGUGCGCAGGCUGCGGAUGACCUGUAUGCGACAUGGUAUUUGAACGACGAGGACUUCCCCUGGCUCGUAGAUUCGGAUGUAUGCAUCACGAAGAUGCUCUACUCCAAGACCACUGGCAUUGAAACUUGGGUGACGUCGGACGGCCGAGCAUACCUCGUUCAGCUUGACUUGAGCGAAGAGGACCAUGCUAGAGGCUCGCUGUCAAACGCUAGCCAAGACUCGCAACAGCCGCAAGGUAGGAGGAGCUCGCAAGACAGCACUCGCUCACAUUCAGAAGCCCGGUGGCAGGGCACCUGCAUACACAGCGUAGAGCCUCCACGCUGGGUCCAGAAACGCCGGAGACAGGAUCCUAGCGAUAUGAAGGACGGCGAAUACCCGUAUCACGAACCGAGGCGGGCCAUGACCGUUGCGAUGAACACCCGCUUCUCUCUUAUUGCCACCGGUACACAUUGUGGAACUGUAGAGCUGACAGGGUUUCCAUCUGAAGACGGUCCUCCUCCAAAGGCCCAAGCUCUUCAAAUACCUGAUAUGUACGCCCGAGAGGGCACGGGACCUGUGUUCUCCUUGGAGUGGAGUUCCGAUGGUUACGUCCUCGCUGUCGGUUGGGAGAAGGGCUGGGCGAUCUGGAGCGUAGGCGGGCGAUGUCUAGCUUGGGGCUUUGGAGUCGAGUAUGAAGUCGAUCCGGACAAAUUCCAAGACUCGUUCAUGUAUGGAGUGACAGACUUGUUCUGGGCUCCAGGAAACUUCGAGCUCGUAGUACUGGCGAAACCUACUCCUGAUAAGACUGACGGGCAAUUAUUCGUCAUACCAUUCGCCAAGAGUGCAACCACUGGACAGCAUUCACCGGACAAUACGCAAUAUGCAUUCCUCCAGAUGGACGACCGGGUACUAGUUUAUCGUGGCGCCGACCAACCUGACAUGAGUGUGAUCAACCCUGAGUCCGACGUCUGGCAACAUGUCAAGAUUCCUCAUGCAUACCUCUCGGCAAAUUGGCCUAUCCGCUACUCAGCACUAAGUGCAGAUGGACGCCUUAUCGCUGUCGCUGGACGACGUGGUCUCGCUCAUUAUAGCACUACAUCUGGACGGUGGAAGCUAUUUGCGGAUGACCUUCAAGAGAACGCGUUCGCUGUGAAGGGCGGUCUACUUUGGUUUCACCACGUCUUGAUCGCUGCCGUGGACGUAGCAAACUCGUAUCAGAUCCGGAUGUAUUCUCGUGAUCUGGAGCUGAGCAACCAGAACGUGCUGCAUCGGGAAAUCCUCACCUCUCCCGUGGUUGUUCUCUCUCUCGUCGACAACUCGCUCCUUGUCUACACGGCAGACAAUACGCUCUACCACUACCUGAUCAUUCCCACUUCAGACACCAUCAAGCUUCACCAAUGCGGCAGCAUCAGCUUUGCCGGUGUUAUAUCCGUCCCCGGUGCCGUGAGGUCGCUGAGUUGGAUGAUACCGAGUGCCCAGAAACAACUGGGAGACCCAGUAGAUGAUCUCGGCGUGGCGACAGUGUUGAUGAUCGUGGGCGGGAAGCUUGUCCUCCUUAGGCCUCGAAGGUCUGGUGACAACGAAGUCAGAUACGACAUGCAUGUCCUGGCCGACAGAAUCGAGUUCUGUUGGAUCCACCUUCGUGGCAUCGGCACUCUGGAGAACUCGUUAUGGGGAUACGAUGGCCAAGGAAUUCGACUGUGGCUGAACGCCUUAAACAUUGAGUCUCCCAGCGAAGCGGGGGCGUCCGGCUCGCCUGGAGUUGCGCAGGAGAAUGUGAAGGAGAGUCUCAACAUACCUCUGCAAUUCUAUCCAUUAUCUGUUCUUAUGGAUAAGGGAAUCUUCAUUGGUGUAGAGUACGAAGCAGCUACCAGAGCCAACCUUUCAUUCACUAUGUUCCGACAAGUCACUAGUUCGCACCUCUUCCUUCAUCAUGUCUUGCUCCACCACCUAGAGAACGGGCAGGUCAGAGAAGCCAUCCUCUUCGCAUCACAUUAUCAGCAUCUGGUGUACUUCGCGCACGCGCUGGAGAUGACAUUGCAUAAUGUCGUCGAAAAAGAUGCAUCUGCCUUGCAAGAAGGGGAUGGUUCUACUAUGCGAGAGCACCUCCUGCCCGAUACGAUCGAGUUCCUAGACCAUUUCGACGUCUGCUUGGACGUCGUGGUUGGGUGCGCGCGCAAGAUCGAAAUGACCAGAUGGGCACGGCUGUUUGACGUAGUAGGCAAUCCAAAGGAUAUGUUAGAGUUGUGCCUGUCGUCCAACCGGCUGAAGACGGCAGGAUCUUACUUGCUUGUCUUACAUGGCCUUGACCAGUUGGAUGCCGACGGAGUCGGCGGAGAUGCUGUGCGACUUCUGAGGAGUGCUAUCGCGGUCAAAGACUGGCAAUUAUGCCGAGAGAUUCUGAGAUUCCUACAUUUCAUUGACGAGACUGGUGGUGCUUUGCGAAAAGCACUCUCCGAGGCAAAUGUCAUUUCUGCGUCCAACGGUGCUUUUUCUGUCAACGGCAUCCACUAGACCGCGCCUUAACCUUGUAUUUUGUGUAAUCCGACUGUAUUGUACUCUACUGGGACCUCCAUGUACAACGUUGAGUAGGAUCGUAAUCUAGCGGAUCUAGAUGCGAUGUUUCCUGUCACGGGGAAGAACUAUUUCGCGCUC